CUGGUAUUUACUGGUGCAGCGCUAAGGUGACUAUAUUUGCCGACUAACCUAUAAUAUUUGAAUAUCACGGUAUUGUUCACCCCUGUAAAUAGACUCUCUCCCUGUAGUUCAUGACCUCAGGGUGUGCACGUACACAUACAACAAGUAUAUAGUUGGAUACAUAGUCUAUAAUCUGACUUAGUUGUUUUGAGGGCAAUAUGGUCACAAAGUUGAAUGAUAAUGCCGAGAAGCUCGUGCUGGAUAUCAUUAGCCGCUUUCAAAGAAGGGAUAUCAAGGGAUCGUUUGAUGCAGCUACAGCCACUGUGCUUCUAAUGCGUGAUGUUAUCUCACAAUCGAGGUGGAAUACUGCUGCGGAAAUCAUGGAUAUAGUGCGUGCGGUGGGCAAGCGAGUUGCAACUGCUAUGCCAAACGAACUGACGGUGGGCACCAUGACCCGUCGAGUGCUGUACAUCAUCAGAGAGGAAUAUGCCGCCGACGAAUCCAACAGGAAAUCAUCACAGCAGAAUCAGCAAACCACUGCACCCAACGUCAUCCAACUCAAGACACUGCAACGGCUGGUAACUGUCAAAUUAGACCAACACUCUGCGUACAAGGAGGAGAAGAAGGAUCUCAAAGGUUCGCUUAUGGAGGGUCUAAAAGAACUUAAGCUUGAGCUGGACAACAGUCGGCAUAACAUAUCCAUGCAUGCCCAGGACUUGAUCCAUGCCAACGAAAUCAUUCUGGUGUACGGCCUCUCGACAACUGUCGAAUCCUUCCUUCUAUCGGCCUACAAGAGGCAUUCACAGAAGGGCAUCCGAUUCUUUGUGGUCGUGGUGGAAGCCGCUCCUUCUUAUGGUGGACACAUGGCAGCACAGAGACUCAGUGCCGAAGGAAUGGCAACUACCAUCAUCACAGACGCUGCUGUGUAUGCCAUUAUGGCGCGUGUGAACAAGGUCAUCGUGGGCACAAACGGGAUCAUGGCCGAUGGAGGACUCAUGGCUCCCUCAGGUACACUCAAUAUAGCAUUGGCGGCGGAGGCACACGCCGUGCCUGUGAUUGUACUGUCUGCUCUAUACAAACUGGCCACCACGUUCCCGUGCGCGUACGAUCCGGACGAGUUCUGUGCCGUGGGUGACCCAGAACAGACGUAUAAAUAUGCCGACGCCGGUAUUCAUCAUUCUGGCCAGAUUCAAACACCGUUAUAUGACUACGUGCCACCGAAUCUGAUAAGUCUCUACGUCACCAACAGCGGUGGUCACGCCCCCACAUAUAUCUACCGAUUGCUUAGCGAGUACUACCAUCCGGACGAUCAAAUCUUGUAAUUAAGAAACGAAAAUAAAUAAAUAUUUGAU